CCUAAAACGUAUUGGCGCUUUUGGUGCGUUCAAGACAACUGGGAAUUUAAAAAAAAACGUCAGUGAUCUUAAGGUCGGAAUGACCGAGUUCGAGAAAGAGGCCCGAGUUCCCGGCUUGGAAUUCCGAGUUGGAUGACCGUUUUUUCAGGCGGAGUUCGUUUUUCCGAGUUCCCAAUUAUCUUGAACCCACGGAAGUCGGAGGUUUCCGAGGUCUGAGUACCAGUUGUUUUGAACUGGGCAUAUCUGCUGCGAACUAGUCAUUUGGGAAGGUCGUGCCAAACAUAAAUGUAGCUUGUACCACAUGACAAAAACGUGGGUCACUAAAACGUCUUAAAAUAUGAUGUGGUUAAUUCAAGUAUGUGCCUUUUGGAUUCCGGGAUUAGAUUUUACAGUAGCACGGUAGCGUGCGCGUUCAGUUGAAUAAAAUCGGAAGAAUCAAGUAACAUUAGCUGACGUUACCUUCUAGCUAAAUUCACAGAAUAACUAGGUAAACAUGAGUCCUGCUACAGGACUUCCUGCUUCUUCGGGAUCCCAUGGAAGUAGCACACCUUUCUCCAUAACUGGACAUAUCCAGCAAGUCUAUAGCCAUGUCAAAAUAGAGAAUUUGGUUGCAGGACUCAGUGGAGGAGUCGUGUCAACAUUGGUGCUUCACCCUCUUGACCUAGUCAAAAUCAGGUUUGCAGUGAGUGAUGGACUGGACCUGAGACCUAAAUAUAAUGGCAUUAUUCAUUGUUUGAGAAAUGUGUGGCAGCAGGAGGGGGUCCGAGGACUCUACCAAGGAGUCACCCCCAACAUCUGGGGUGCUGGGGCAUCAUGGGGUCUCUACUUCUUCUUUUACAAUGCCAUCAAGGAGUACACUAAGGAAGGGCGUCAGUCUGAACUGAGUGCCACAGAACACCUGCUGUCAGCCGCCCAAGCAGGUGUAUUGACUCUCACCCUAACCAACCCUAUCUGGGUGACUAAGACUCGCCUGGUGCUGCAGUAUAACGCUGAUCCCACCAGGAAACAGUAUAAAGGGAUGAUGGAUGCACUGGUGAAGAUCUACCGGUAUGAGGGGAUACCUGGACUGUACAGGGGGUAUGUUCCUGGUUUAUUUGGCACGUCACACGGGGCAUUGCAGUUCAUGGCCUAUGAGGAGUUGAAGAGAGACUACAACAAAUACAAGAAAAUGCCUUCAGAAGCUAAACUGAAUCCAUUGGAAUAUAUCACAAUGGCAGCUCUAUCCAAAAUAUUUGCUGUGGCUACCACAUACCCUUACCAGGUGGUGCGGGCUCGCCUGCAGGACCAGCAUAAUAAGUACAAUGGAGUCCUGGAUGUGGUCGGGAGGACAUGGAGGAAUGAGGGAGCUGUAGGGUUCUAUAAAGGCAUGGUGCCCAACCUGAUCCGUGUCACCCCAGCCUGCUGUAUCACCUUCGUGGUCUAUGAGAAUGUGUCUCGCUUCCUGAUGGGCCAGAAGUGAGGAGGACUAAGGAGACAGCCAUGGAAAGACCACAAAUAGGAAGGGACUCAGACAGUGUAUGUGGUGCUAGAUAAGAUAAGCCAUGAACAGAGGUCUCCAGAACUGUCACAGCAGGUAACUGGACAACUGAAGCAGACAUGUCACCUGGAUGCACCUCUGGUAGCCGAGUCAAAACAUGAUGUUGACAAUGCUGAUAAUUAAAGACUGGUCUCUGUCUCUUCCUUGGAUGCAUCAGAGAAGAACAGACCUCACUGGAGGUACUAUACAGGAUGUGGGUGUGAAACAUCAAAGCAAACUGAACCAUUUCAAUGCUGCUGGCUGUGAUGUGAGUACUGUGUGUGUGUGUGUGUGUGUGUGUGUUAAA